CCUGAUCGUCUGUAAUACUGGCUGACAUCCUAAACCAAUAAUGUUGACGGGAGUAAACGCGACACUCUUAUUCUUCAUUCUAGUAAUCGUGGGCGCAUGUGUCAAGCAAGCUCAUUCUCAAGGUGAUCCUCCAAGCGUUACCUCCGAUGGCACUUCCUUAUCAUCGUACACCAUUGGACCAAAAAGCUGUAUGAACGGUGAAAAUGACUGCCCAAUGUACGAUGGUUACAUGAAGUGCGGUGAAACCGACGUUCUACUGAACGACUCGGGACCAGUCUACACAGCGCAUGCGCCGCUCCAAACCCUUGCCAACCAAUGCUUGGAAAGCCUGUCCUGUCUGUGGCUCAUCACUGGUAGCCCCGAUAUGAACAUCUACGUCCAGAUUGUAGAGCAGCGCGGGCAGUACGUGUCCAAGGACACCAGCGAAAAAGACGUGGUUACAAUUGGCAGAGGUCAUGACCCCUCUGACGUCACCAGCAACUUUGCCAUCAAUGACUUGUACUACGCGAGGCGUCUGGAUGACGGCAGGGUCUACAUUAUCCACGGCAACCUAGCCUGGGUUACCGUCUCUGCGCACGGGAUCGGUAACACAGACUGUGUUGGAUUCGAUUUCAAAUUCACACAAAGAAAAGAACCAGAUUUCUGCGAAGCAGAUACAACCAUUUGCCACAACUCGUCCAUAUGUCUGCCGCCCUCAGCCUACUGUGAUGCCAAUCUGGACUGCCAUGCUUUUGUCGACCAGUACAACUGUGAUAUGUGUGGAAACACCACCAUCCCGCCACUGGUUCCCGGCGUCCCCCACCACUUAAAGUACGCCUCGUCGUGGGUGGAGAAAGACGGCGAGUGGAAACCACCCAACAUGGAUUGCUUCUGGCUGGUCACGGCGCCCAACGACAGCGUCAUCGAGAUCAACAUCCUGGCAACCAGCAAAAUGGGCCCGGCACUGUACUGGGACUCGACGGCAGAGGGCGUGAACGAGGACGCGGCUAAGGCUUUGAGUUCCGGGUCAUUAGUCAAAACCACCUACGUGGACGCCACGGGCAUUUGGAUUUAUGCUGACCUGUCGCAAGAAAAUGAUGCUCCCGCCAUGCAUGUUGGGACAGUGUAUGAACUUCAGCUGACCGCCUACAGAAAACGAGAGUGUGGAGUCGACGAGUUUCAGUGUCUGAAUCAGGAGUGUCUGGCGGGUACCAGACGAUGUGAUGGUAUUCCGGACUGCAGACUACACGAAGACGAAUACGGAUGCGAAGAGAGCUGGUGUGCAGACAGGUACCUUUGUGCAAGCAAGAAGAAGUGUAUUCCAUCACAUUGGGUGUGUGACGGGGAGGGAGACUGCCCAUCUGACGAUCUAUCCGAUGAAUUGGAUUGCGGACGUUGCGGCAACCCUUACAUUCGCCUCAGCCCGGAACAUCCACUCCUCCUCACUCAACCAAUCGACAUUACGGUGGACUGCUUGUGGAUGAUCACGACUUCCACUAACCGUUCACGUAUACGUGUGGAUAUCGUCAACCUGCCCAUCAACGAGAUCAUUCGUGGCGAUCCGUUCCUAAAGGCAAAGGUGACUUUCGGCUACGGCGGCCUCCCGUACGUCGGAACAACGGUUGCCCGGAUAUUGUCUCAAUCCCGAGCCUACCCGAAAGUGAUGACGUUCGAUGGCCCCGAACUAUGGAUUAUUUUGGACAUUGUGAAUAAUGUGAUCAGCACGCCCGGUCGCCUGCGGCUCGAGCUGCGUAUAACGGAAUACGAUAUGCAAGAUUGCAGGGAAAACAUGUUUUCUUGCUCGUCCGGUAUUCUGUGCAUUGAUAAAAGCAAAGUUUGCGACGGGAAUGUCGACUGCCCAGAAUCAGAUGAUGAAUUCAACUGCGGUACAUGUGGAGAGUCGGAAUACAGAUGCAGGAAGAGUGGCGAAUGUGUUGACUCCUCGAAGAUGUGUGAUGGAGACUACGCCUGCAUCGACCGAUCUGACGACGGGAACUGUGAACCCUGUGGCAAUACCAUCAUCGAUCUAUCACCGCGUCCCCAGACUCUAACCUCAGUCGGGUACCCAGAGCCCUACCAACCCAACAAGCACUGCAUCUGGUUCGUCCACGCGGACCCAGGCUACGACAUAUUGGUCGUGUUCCUGGACUUCGUCUCCGAAGAAUUCUUCGAUCACCUGUACGUGGGCAACGGGACCCACCCGGAGCCGCUGGCCAAAUUCUCGGGUCCGCGGGCGCCGGCGAGGGUAUCGCUUUACUCCGAGGAUAUCUGGCUGUCGUUUUGGUCGGACUACAUUUACCAGUAUCGAGGUUUUAACCUCAGUCUGGAGCUGGUAGAAAUGGUUUCUUGCUUGGAAGGCGAGGUAGCCUGCAAUGGCACCGCCUUGUUGGUCUGUAUCAAGGAAGAGGUGGUCUGCGAUGGCAGAGGCGACUGCCCCGACGCCACGGACGAAGAGUACUGCGAAGAUAUUUGUGGUGAGACUCUUAUCGACCUGUCAGGGAAAUCCGAGUACCAGCUCUACUCGACUCUGUACGAGCGAGGCGCCUACCCCGACAAAGCCACCUGCGUCUGGCACUUCCGCACGGACGCAAGACGCGAGAAGAUCAGACUCGACAUCCAGUCCUUUCAUCUGGAGCAGAACUUCGACUUUCUGCACCUUGGGGUCGGAAACGACAGCCGCGAGGGACUGGUCGCGAGUCUGACCGGGACCACCGAGAUAGCCGGGGUGUGGUUCGAGAGCAGCGAGAUUUGGCUGAAGUUCGAGACCGACUCUAGCGUGUCUGAGGCCGGUUUCCACAUCACCUUAGUAGCUGUUGAUAAAGCUGAGCUUACUUCGUGCCGUUCUAGUUGCUCGCACUUUGAGGACACGACGCUGUGCCUGCUUCCCCACGCGUACUGCGACGGCAUUUCCGAUUGCAUGGAUUCCAGUGACGAAACCAAUUGCGUCAGUUUGAACUGUAGCUUGGACCUGUACGUGUGCUUGGGGAAGCAACAAUGCCUUCUUUGGGAGUCGGUAUGCGAUGGUCGGAAAGAUUGCCACCUAUACCACGACGAUGAGAAAAACUGCGAUGUGCACGGCUGCCCCAAGGGUUGUAAUUGCUUCAUAUACGAAGAGGGGCUGAAUGUUAAAUGUAGUCACGGUUGGAGCUCCGCAACUACAGCUCAACUGGCUAAAAUAACAGACGCAUUAGCCUUGACUGGCGCCAAUAUGAGCACACUGGAGGCGGGACUUUUUAAGAGACUCGGGUCGCUACGCACUCUGUAUUUACGGGGCAACAACAUCACCAAUAUCCACAUGGAUGCCUUUUCAGGCUUGAGGAACCUUACGUCUUUGGACAUCUCUGAAAACAACAUUUUCGAACUGGCAGGGGGAAUGUUCCGCGAUUUACCUCUGCUGACAUUUCUGGGAAUGCAUUCAGUACCAAUGCAAUACAUAAGAAACAACGCAUUCGAUGGAUUGACACGGCUGAAGCAACUGGUGCUGAUGCGUGGCAAUGGUAACUCCAGUGGGUCGAGUCCAUACGGCGAAGCAACUUUAAUAGAAGGCGGGGCACUCGGUGAUCUUCAUUCCCUCCAAAAACUGUACGUAGACGACCAUCGCCUGUGUUGUAACUUCAGGUCACUGCUUCCAGAUGACGAACGCUGCAUCAACACCCAGCUUGAGUCACCGCUGUUCAACUGCGGCCGGCUGAUGCCCAACACUGUCCUGCAGGCCUUCAUGUGGAUCCUGGGCUUUAGCGCCCUCAUCGGCAACCUGGUGGUCAUCGCCUGGCGGAUUCGGGAGGACAGCGGCAAGGGCAGCAAGUACGUGCACUCGUUUCUGGUGCUGAACCUGGCCAUGUCCGAUUUCCUGAUGGGCGUGUACAUGGUGAUCAUCGCCACCGUCGACGUCAUCAAGAAAGAGGAGUACUACCUGGUGGCUACGGAGUGGAGGAACAGCGCCCUCUGUAAGGCAGGAGGAGUCAUGUCAGUUCUGUCCUCGGAAGCCUCCGUGUUUUUCAUCACCCUGAUCAGCGUGGAUCGCUACCUGUGCAUCGUCCAUCCGUUCAGCCGAGUGCGCCUCAAAGAAAAGUCAGUCUGGGUAUCCGUAGCCUCGAUUUGGGUGGUUUCCUUGCUAGCCAGCCUCGUUCCAACAAUCCUAGUAACCAAAGACUCCGACGUCUACGGUUUGUCCGAUGUGUGUAUUGGUUUGCCUUUGCUCACCAGACCCGUAGACUUUAGAUUUGACCAAGCCGAUAUCGGAGACGCUUUGGGCAACGAUACCUAUUUGGUACCUCAGCCCAUCGGUAGUAGGCCAAGCUGGUCCUACUCCAUUGUGCUUUUUCUGGGAGUCAAUCUCAUCUGCUUUCUCUUGGUCACCGUGUGCUACGCCGCCAUCUUCAGCAAGGUCAAGAGGUCAAUCCGACGCGUGAAACGCCGCCACGCGCCCAAGGAAGAAGAGGUCAAGAUGGCGAUUAAAAUGGCCGUCAUCGUGGGCUCCGAUUUCCUCUGCUGGAUGCCUGUCAUUAUUCUUGGCAUCCUGUCCCAGACCAGUGUGAUUCAGAUCCAGCCGGAUGUCUACGCCUGGCUGGUAGUCUUUGUCCUGCCAAUUAAUUCCUCCCUCAACCCAUACCUCUACACGAUCGUCACAGCAAUCAGUCGUAGACGCCAGGACCAACAGGCUUCCAAGAAGAACUCACAGAAGCCUAAAAUAGCUAUCUUCCCCGCCCUGCCUCUCCUGGAUCACAAGCAAGACUAUAACCAGUGGACGGCACCCAGUCCCAGCCCCACUGCUUCGCCCAACAGCUCAAUGAACUUGAUAAAACAAAACUAAAAUUAUCUUGGACCAUUUUAUCAUUGACUUUUAAUGUCACUGUCAUUACACCGUGUAAAUAUCUAACUUUUACCAGAAGCUUAUUUUGUGAAUUAAUAAAUGGAAGGUUCGACAACCAUUACAGUUUUUAAAUUGUGCAAUGAGUGUAGAUCGGAAGCAGCUCUUUGUCAUCAUAAAAAAAUAAUCCCUAAUUGGAC